GCUGCGGCGGCCCUUCUUCUCGCUGCUGGGGUCUCGGCUGUCCCACGGCUCAUGACUCGAGAUUCGGUCACCUGCGAGAACAAUGCAAGCAACAUGACCGUCUACGCGGCCACCAAUGCCCAGUUCGACAUACUCUGCGGAGUCGAUUACGCAGGAGGCGACAUGGCAUCUCAGAGUGUGUCGACCUUUGAGGAGUGCAUUACCCUCUGCGACUCGACCCCUGGCUGUGUCAACGUUGCCUUUGCCCCCUGGGGUAUGUGUUGGAUGAAGAACCAGAACACAAGCCCUUCGCCAAACUCGGGCAUCUGGACGGCCAAGAGCAGGGCCACCCCGAGCGGCCCGACUUGCGCCGACAACUUCAGCGAUAAGAAGACCUACAUCACCCCAGCCGGAAUCACCUUUGAGAUUGCCUGCGGUGUCGACUACACCGGUGGCGACAUGUCCUCCCAGAACACAAACUCCUUUGCGCAAUGCAUCGACCUUUGCGGUUCCACGCCGGGCUGUGUCGACGUGGCCUACGCGGCGCCGUCGUGCUACCUCAAGAGCGCCCUCACAUCCCCGCAGGCCGUCGGCCACGUAUGGAGUGCCGUCCGCAGAGACGCCGACGCCGACCCCCUGACCUGCGAGGACAAAGAGUGGGACGGGCGCGAGUUUACAACGGAUGACGACCGCAUCUACUCGAUCGGCUGCGGCGACGACUAUCCCGGGGGCGACAUGGCCGCUGUCGACAGCGCCACUUUCGAAGCCUGCCUCGACGCCUGCGACGCCGCGACAGGGUGCGUCGCCGUCGCCUACGUCGCGCCCCGCUGCUACCUCAAGAACGUCGCCAACCCUCCCGCCGAAGGCACCCACGUCUGGGGCGCCAAGUUCCUGCGGACCUACACCCCUCCGGCGCCCAGCUCAACUUCGACUCCUACCCCGACCCCCACCCCACCGCCGCCCCCGCCUCCCCCGACCAGAUUCACGUGCAACCCCUGCUCGCCAGUGCUCCUCAACGGGGGC